AUGGACGCGGAAAAGAAAUACGACGGUGCCAUUCAGGCGGAGCACGUCGACGACCUCGUGGUGACGGACAAGGUCAAGGCGGCGGCCAAGACGGCGACCCAAGUGGCCCAUGAGCUGUCUCUCCAGGAUGCCAUCAAGGCCUACCCCAUGGCCAUAUUUUGGUGCUUGAUGGUCUCCAUGUGCUACGAUACCAUCCUCAUCGGCAACUUUUACGCGUACCCCGAGUUCGCCAAAAAGUACGGCCAGUUCGUCGACGAUAAGGGCCGGCACCAGCUCUCCGCCUCCUGGCAGGCCGGUCUCGGCAACGCCUCCCAGAUCGGCUGCUUCCUCGGCGUCGCCGCCACCGGCGCCCUCGUCUCCCGCUUCGGCCAGAAGCGCGUCAUCCUCGCCGCCCUCCUCCUCCUCUCCUCCCUCAUCUUCGUCACCUUCUUCGCCUCCUCCAUCUCCAUGCUCCUCGCCGGGCAGCUGCUCUGCGGCCUGCCGUGGGGCGUCUUCGUCGCCUGCGCGCCCGCCUACGCCUCCGAGGUGCUCCCCCUGCGCCUGCGCGUCUACCUCACCAGCUGGACCAACAUGUGCUUCAUCGUCGGGCAGCUCAUCGCCGCGGGCGUGCUCGCGGGCCUGGUGGGCAGGCCGGACGAGUGGGGGUACAGGAUCCCGUUCGCGCUGCAGUGGGCGUGGCCGGCGCUGCUGGUGCCGGUGCUGUGCUUCGCGCCGGAGUCGCCGUGGCACCUGGUGCGCGUGGGGAGGAGUGAGGAGGCGCGCAAGGUGCUGGCGAGGCUCCAGCGGAAGUCGACGGUGUCGGAGAGGCUGAGCCCGGAGACGACGCUGGCGGAGAUUGUGCACACCAACGACACGGAGGCGAGGCUGAGCGCGGGUACCGGCUACCUGGACUGCUUCCGGGGGACGGAGCUGCGCCGGACGGAGAUUGCGUGCGUCGUGUUUGCCGGGCAGGUCCUCUCCGGCUCUUCCUUUGCGUACAACUCCACCUACUUUUUCCAGCAGGUCGGCCUCGACACCUCGCAGACCUACUACCUCAACACCGGCGGCACCGCCAUGGCCCUCGUCGGCACGCUCGUCAGCUGGUUCGCCAUCAUGCCCUUCCUCGGGCGCCGCACCACCUACCUCGCCGGCAUGGCCGCCAUGUGCGCCACCCUCCUCACCAUCGGCCUCCUCCAGGUCUGGGGCUCGUCUCACCAGGGCGUCGGCUACGCGCAGGCCGUGCUCACCCUCGUCUGGACGUUCGUGUUCCAGCUCUCCGUCGGCCAGCUGGGCUUCGCGAUCCCGGCGGAGAUUGGGUCGACGCGGCUGCGGCAGCGGACCAUCUGCCUGGCGCGCAACUCGUACUACGUGGUGGCGAUCGUGUCACAGGUGCUGCAGCCGUACUUUAUGAACCCGGGCGAGCUGGACCUGAGGGGGUACACGGGGUUCGUCUGGGGGGCGACGGCGUUGGCGGUGCUGGUGUGGGCGUGGUUUAGGCUGCCGGAGUCGAGAGGCAGGACGUACGAGGAGUUGGAUAUUCUGUUUGCAAGGCGCACGCCGACGCGCAAGUUUGCGUCGACGAGGCUCGACGACGGCGAGGGCGAGCCUGGUACUGCAUAG